AAAUCCGACGGAACUGUGACUAUGGCGCAGCACUCUCAAGAGCCAGAACGCAAGAGCAGAAAGAAACGUUCACAGACAUCGUCCAAGGCUGCGAAACCACGGUCUUCGAGCAAGAAACCGCGUGCAUCACAAUCAGAAACGAAUCUAUGCGCCCAAAAUCAUGCGCCUCCAGUACAGGACGUGCCGAUGCAGUAUCUGCAAUCUUUCCAGCCACCGCAGAAUGUGAGGAGCCCACCACCACCACAAUCGCAGACCUUUCAACCUGCGAGUCCGCCACAACAUCCCGUAUAUGGUCGUGUUCCACAGUAUUCUCCUCCAUACUCGUAUCCCUACGGACCACCUCCUCUUCCAUAUGGACAGCCUGAAGCUAAUCAGUCGGUUCUCCGGUUCGCUUCGCCCCCACCUAUGAAACCCAGGGAUGAAGGUCCUUUCAAGGAGCAAUGGGACAAAUUCGACCGCAUGGCUGCCAAGUCGUACGCGGAUCUGCGAGAUGGAGCGUGUAAGGGUGCAACAAGACUGACAACGACUUAUAUUGAAAAGCCCACAAAUGCCGUGGCAAUGAAAAGCAUGCAAGCAUUAUGCCAUGGGGCAGCGUUAUACGACGCCAUUAACCACAAAUUCGAUGCAGUCAUCAACAGUAUUGAUGGCAACAGAUUUAGUGGGCAAGAGCAGGAUCUGCUGAUAUACGAGAAUGCGCAACAAACAUCGCCUAACACGAGCCCACCCCCUGGUGAUCCUCGUAAGGAAGUGCCAAAUCCGGCUCGUCAGAUGGUGGGGAAGGAAAAGGGAAACAAUCACUUCCAGAAAGUGUGGCUCUACUCAAACUCGCGACUGCCACCACACCUGCCGCCCUUCAAAGUUUACAUGCCAACAUAUCCUUUGCUGUGCUUAGCGGCAACCUAUUCCGAGCGCGUAUACACACCACCACGAUCAAAGUCAAAAGAGACGGAAACACAUGUGCCAUCUGAUUGGCGCACUGGAACGAAAGCCAUGGUUCUGAAAUCAAUACCUGUGGACGAUAUGAACACUGUUGUCUUCGCCGUUCGAGGGAGCGAAGGUUUCAUGGACUGGGCCGUCAACUACAACACCGCACCAUCUAGUCCAGAAGGAUUCCUAGAAGAUUCGU